GUUAAUAAUAAAUAAAUAUUUUGAAUGUUAUUAAUAAAAUAAACAACGAAAUGGAUGAUUUGCAGCAUAACGAAAGUUAUUCCAACAUCGGCAAUAGUUUUGGCUUUGUAUGCAGGGCAUUACAAAGGCAAUGUGAAAUGCCGCAAGUCGGGGCCUUUGAAAAAUACGAAUUUACUGAGCUCCUUAAAAUACUGAAUGGCACGGAAAAAUUCUUGUUAGCCAAACUCUUCUGUCAGUUGCCAGCGAAUGUCGGAAGCUAUCGGGUGCUGCUCCAGCUUCAGAAACUCCAUAUCAUAUCGGCCACGCAGUACAUCCUUUGCAAGGAGUACUCGGAUCAGCUGAUGGUGGAUUUGAUAAUAUUCUUUGAAUCGGAAUUCGAACUUCUCGAAGAAGUCUUCGUUUCGGCUGCUUAUGAUGAGGAGUCUGGGAUGAAGUUAACUUCAAUGCUCUCAGCAGCAUUAGGGAAUCUCUUUGGCGGGCUUGUUAACGAUCCUAAAAUAAGCAACUUAGGUUACGUACAGUCCUUGUGUAAAGUUCUACCAGAUGAGGCACUAAGCAUUUGCAUUGACAUGCAUUUGAGUACCUUGUUGAAUCUUCACCAAACGGAGAGCAUCGACGAGGCUUUUGCCAACUUUAGCUCCUGGAUCAAUGAGGGUGUUGAUGAACUUACCUUCGUGAAGCACCUCAGCGACAAGCUGUUUGUUGAUCAUCAAGAGGAAGCCCUUCAAUAUCUAUUCAAACAGUCAAACACAGAGAAUUUUAAGCAAUGGAAGUUCUACAUUAUUCUAGUACAGACCAUUGCCAGUGCCGCUAGUCCUGAAACCCAAACAUACAUUAAAAAGUAUCUGAAAAAUAGACUUUUGCUAACUGCGUCUAAUGGCUGCCUAACAUCUUUGCUUCAUUUGCUGCUGACUGCUAGGGCCGCUUCUGCUUCAACCAUGGAUAUUCAAAUAAAUCUGGACAACUACGCCAAAUGGUAUAAACAGAACAUUGGUGAAAUGACUUACAUACUGGGCGCAGACAAGUUUCAGAUAAUUCUAGCUCUCUUGGAGGAAGCUUUGCAGUACGAAAAGGAGUUGCAAUAUCUGGAGAUUCAUGUGUUGAUUGCCAUUUCACCGGGCGGUCGACUGGUCCAGGCCUACAAAUCGAAGUGUCGAGCACAGGUAUCCCAACUUAAAUCGGCCAAGCGAAAAGCUCCCAAGGACUAGUCGUAAGGU